GAGGUGCACGAGAUGCUGAAAAAACACCAUGGGGACUUUGCCAAGAUAGAGCUGCAUCUGAAGAGAACCAGUGAGAAGGAGAAGACCGCUGCCCUGGGCGGAGGCUACGUGAACGAGUCCAUUCUGAAAAGCAUUCACGGACUUCUUCGCAAGUCCGCCGAGCAUGGUGCGGACGAGUGGAAGGCCGUGCUGGAGGAGAAGUUUGAGAUGAAGAAGACGGACAGGACCACGACCGAG